ACAGCUGUCUUGACUUAAUUUUUAAUAUUUAUAUUCGGGAUACAUUAAAGCUAUCAUAUUUUCAUUAAACUUUGUUUUGUAAAAAAGUUAUUAAUAUUUAAAUUAUAUUAUUAUAUUAAAUAUUGCCUUAUAUAUUAUAAAACUCAUUAAAAAUGGCAGGUUCUGAAGAUACUAAACCCAAUGAUAAUGAUACUGAAACUAAUAACAUUGAUAGUAAUGAACAAAACGAAGAAAAUGUCCAAGAAGAGUAUGUUUUAUUGGAUACGAAACUUGAUGAACUAAAUCAGGCUUUGGAUUUGUUGGAGCAAAAAAAUGAUGAUAUUCAUAAAAGAUUAGUAGAACUCUUACAAUCGAAUAAAGAUAUAAGACAGCAACUAAAACAUGAAAACACUAAAAUGAACUAAUUUAAAUUGUAUUAAAAGUUAAUUUUAAAUGAAAUGCUUACUUCAAAUAAAUAUACAAUUUAACUUAAAAAAAAACUUGAUUUGGUUAUUCUUUAGCGGGUAUAAAUAAUAUUUAAAUUAAAACUAUUAAAUUAUAGUUAACAAUAUUAUCUCAGAAUAUCUGUUUCAUUUAUAUUUACAUAUUUAAGUCACAUCUAUGUAUAACUAAAAAUUAAAGAAUUAUAUAUAAUGUCAUAAAUUAAUAAGCCUUAAUAAAUUAUAAUUUACCAAUAUUUUUAUUUAUUACCCAUAUCAUACUUCUUCAUGUAUAAAUAACACAGUGUGCAUAUAUAUACAGUAAGCAAA